AUGGAUACCCUCACCCCGACCGGCAAUCUGACUCCCCUGACCGCGGGCUCAGGGACCUCGACGCCCACGAGUCCCAAGAGGAGCAGCUUCGUGCCGCUGGUCACCGUAAUUGGCUUCCACCACGCGAGAGGGCCUGAAGUCGAGUCGUGGUAUGGCAGUCCAGAGGGCACUGACCCGGCGGUCGACUACGGGUGGUCACUGCUGCCCUUCAUGGCGCUCAGUGAUGGCGCGCAUGCAUCGACAGAGGACUUCUCCUACUUCACGCUCCUUAAGCCCGCCACCGACACCGAGCCCGCAACAUCGCUCUUUGGAAUAUCUUGUACUAGGCAGAUGGACUCUUCCGCAUUGAUCAACCGACCCGCUGAUGUAACACGGUCGACCGUGCAAAAGGCCGUCGUCGUUGUGGCCGACAACCCACAGACUUUUGGCACACUCAGGGAACGGCUCAGUGUCGUCACACACGCAUGGUUCGCACAGCGCGAGUUCACCGACACGGAGAUCCUGCGUCGCUUCCAGGAGAGUCUGGCCGAUGAGAAAGAGCGAGGUCUUCUGAGCGAGGACGAGGGUCGGGAGGCGUACCUCGGUAUGAGUCUGAGGGAGAUGAUCCAUGAGUUCAGGUGGCAGACUUUGGUCUUGUUGAAAUGCUGCUUAUUGCAGCCCAAGAUGUUGUUCUUUGGUUCCCGUUGCGAGCGACUUUGCAUGAUGCAGUUUUCUUUGAUAUCUUUGAUACCCGGUCUUAUUCGGAAGCUCCAGGACUGCGCCGACCCGGAACUGAAUAGCUACGAGAAGCAUUUGACCAUGCCCACAAACUUUAAAUCUAGCGACCGGUCAUCGUUACAGGCAUACAUGGGCCUUCCACUUCAGAUAUUUGGCAAGGGGAGCCUGUUUGGACCAUAUACACCCCUUCAACAGCUCGACGUCUUAGCGGACCACGAGACAAAAUCCUACAUCGUUGGAAGCACCAAUUCUCUCCUUCUCCAGCAACGAGAUAGAUACAGCGAUAUCCUGAUCAACCUGGAUGAUGACUUCAUUAAUAUCACCUCUCCGUCACUGAAGCAAGCACUGCAGCUCUCGACCCCGGAUAGAAGGUGGAUCGAUUUCAUCACGCAGACCGUGAACGAGACCUGGGACGAGACGAAUCCAAGCCGGCCGAAGACAAUGGGCUUUAUGGGAAGCGAAGAGUUCAUCCGACUCCAAUUCGAAGACUACGUUAUUGCGCUGCUCUCGGCUGUUAAAUACCACACCUUCAUGGUCAAGCACAAAGAUAAUCCGCGAAUGCUCCUUCCGCACAUUGAGGGCGACCCGGCUGCGGAUUUCAACUUGGACUGGGUUGAAGCUUGGAUGAAGACCGAGAAUUACCGGAUUUGGAACAAAAACACGGACAGUCACCUGUUCGAUAUUGCUGAACCUAGACACAUAUGCGCCGGCGGCCUCACAAUCGAUGACGUGUCGAGGCGUGUAACCCAACAAGUACAGGAUUUGCACUUGGAUGAGAAGCUUACGCAGGGAAGAGAGGCGGCUGCGAGGAAUUUGGCUGCGGCGAGGGAUAAAGGAGGUGCAAUGAUCACCAAGUUCUAUGGGGAGCUUGAGGCAUAUCGCGAGGCACAGCGGAAGAAGGCCGAGGAGACGAGGCAACAACAGUCGAGCGACUCGGUGCCUGCGAGUCCGACUAUCAAGAACGGCCACGAUGCCGAGAAGGCAGGUGUCGGCGCCUACAUGAGCAGUUGGGCCACGUGGGCAGGAGAGAAGCGCAAGGCACUUGCUACCCGUGGGGCCGGCGACAGGAACAGCGGCAGCAGCACGAGUGGGUGGGGCCUCGGCCUGGGGAGGACCAAGAGCAAGAGGGACGCGGGCAGCACGACCUCGUUUCAUUCGGCCUCGGAGAAGGACGUGAAGAGCCCGCGCAUGUCGACAUCGUCGUUCUUCGGCGGGUCGAGGAAGAGCCAGGAGAGCGCGAGGGGGCUGGAGAAGGCACGGCAGGAGGACACCCGCCCGGGGACGCAGCACUCGUUCAGCGAGAGCAUACUCGGCUCCGAGGAGUCGGGGACGGUAUCGUCGCCCGAGGUGUCGCCACAGAAGCCGCGGCUCGACUUCGCCAUGAAAGAGACCAGCGUGUGGAACGACGCCGAGUCGCCGACGGAGUACAAGCUGGCAUAG